CAUUGUUUGCUUUCUCCGCCAUAUGUUUUUUCUUUCUUUUUUGAAUAGGUACGCGCAAAAAAUCGCGCGAAUGCAGCGCACGCGUCUGCGUAAACUAAAAAGGCUCAGCUGGCCUGCAUUCUAUUUACAUUUCGACAGGCAGAUACAUCUUUAAACAACAAUUCGCAUAAUUUUCGAAUAGAGGCCAUGUCUUUCGGACCGCCAAAAAUGAAGUACGGCAGGAAACCGGAACUGACCAGGUCGCAAAGCCAAUCGCAGGUGGUGGCGGAGAAGUUACGCCAGGAUGGCCUCUUCGACAUUGUCGAGAAAAUAAUGCAGGCGGUUGAUCAAGUGGCCGCACAAAUGAACUCUAAAAAUGGCAACUCGUGUAUUCUUUAUAAAGAUAACGUUAUCAAUUUAUGUCAACAUUUAAAGAUGUAUGGUGCUUACGUAGAACGAGUUUACGAAGACCAAUUAAAUCGCGCCUUUGUGAUAUUUCGAAAUUUCGCCCAGGAUAAUGAACGACUCGACAACUUAACACGACUACACCUACUCGAACUAAUAGAGUCACGUGCUAGAGGCUGGAAGGGAAGCGAAGGUAUGACCCAAUACUAUAGGAAAAAAAUAAAUCAAUUUACGGGAGAGGCAUCUGAUUCUGCGAGCAUGACAGACUCGAUGACUGCCAGUAUAUCGAGCGCUUCGCUAUUAGGUCCAGGGGAGAUAUUGAAACAAUCUGGGAAGUUUCCCAAACCGACGCAUAUUCCCGGAAAACAUUAUUUUAAGGAUGAAGUGGUUAUUCGUAACGCCGAUUCCGGUAAAGUGAUGGGAAUCAAAGGCCGCAGAGUGCACAUGAUUGAAGAACUCAGUGAAACAAUUAUUUCGUUUCAAAGAGUGAACCCUGGUGCCAAGGAGCGUUUAGUUCAAAUUACGGGCGCCAACGAAGAGAGUAUCAAUCACGCGAAGCAUCUAAUCGAGGAUACAAUUCGACGAAACGCCUCACCCGUCAGAGAACCCGGCGGUCCGCCUCUAACCGGCUCUAGUAGUAGCAUUAAUUCUUCCACUUCGGAGGACAGCGCGCUGCCGCAUUCGGCGCGCGCGUCGCGCACGCUUAUGCACAGUUUGAGUGCAACCGAGAGCUUUGAGGAGUAUAAAUUUACUGUAGUGGUAGGAGAUCGGAUCAUUAAAAUUAGUGGCGACGACAUUAAUCUUGUGGGAAUGAGUAAAAUUUUACUAGACGAAUAUUUUUCGGGUGAACCUCUUCAAAAUCAUCUGUAUAACAUUGACGAUAGUGGAAACGAUCUGGUUGAAUCUCCCCUUUCGCCACCCGAAUCAUUACCUAGUCCCAGUCCGGUCAAUGGAGAUUUAGAAGAGCCACCAGCGGUUCGCCUUCGUCGUCCCAAGACUUCUCUUGAGGAUAUCAUGAAGCGACGUUCCUCAUCUACUGUCUGUGAGAAGGCGACGUAUUCUCACGAGCUUCUGGCAAAACUCGCCAUGUCCCCUCUAUGUUUGGUAGAGCCGGACGAUUGGGAGAGAAUAUCUUCCGGACAUCCCAACCUUAUACGGAAGGAAGGGCAACAAUUCGACGCCACGCAAUAUUUGAGUAACCGAUCCGUACCAAUUGAAGUGCAAGACGAGUGUGCGUGACAACUUAUUUCUUUAUUAUUUAAUAUUUAGUUAAAAAAUGACUGUUGUUCACUAUACAGCUCGUAUAGUGUGAGUUUUUUAGUACAAGAGUCAGCGAAAAUAUUGUUCAGGAGAAUAUGCAUUGACCGUACCCUUUUUUGGACAUUUCUAAAACCGAAUACUUCAUCAUGUUAUUGAAGCAUUCGGUUAGUUGAACAAGAAAGUCAAAUUAUCAAUUUCGCAGAUAGGCACCUGACUCUUGAACUAUCUAUUUAUGUAGUUUGUUUGUUAAAAAAAAACUUGUAUUUUUUUAUUUUUGGUCAUUUAGAUAUAGAAUUUUAUAUCAUCAAGUAGGUAAGAAUCAUACAUGACCUUCCAUUUACUAGUUUUGUAUUUUAAAUGUUUUUGUAAUAUGCGACUUGCAUCAUUUCUUACGCUUAGAAAUGUUACCUACCUAACCGAAAGUAGACUGGUAUAUUUUGUUGUAACGCCUACAGUUACUAACAAAAGUGAUUUUUGUAACUUAUUCGUUGCUAUGUUGAAUGCAUUUUAAGUUUUGUGUUUGUGUUUUUGACAAUUUAAAGUGGCUGUUUUGAAAACUGAAUUUUGUAGACUGUUGACUGUUAGUCUGUUAAGAUCUUGGUGGUGGAAUCUCUGCUACACUAUGAGUAAAGUAUUAUAUUUAACUCUCUACAAGUUUGGUUUUAAACGUUUAUUUAAAACUAGAUUUUAUAGCCGUUUUGUUACUUAUUUGUUUUUUUUCUUUAAAUUAUUAUUGCUCGUGAAUAAUAAACGGAUUUACAAGA